GAACCCCAGUGAGGCCCUCUGUGGUUUUCAGUACAUGGGUAGAGAGGCUCCACUGAAGCCCAGCGUUCAUUAGCACUUCUGUUUUCAAAGAUGAUCACUGUUUGACCAUUGAUGCCGGAUUCAACUGACUGAAAAAGAGAGGGAUCAAAGAGAGGAGUGGAAAAUUAAGUGGGGGGGAGAAGGAGGGGCUGUGGAGAACAGUGAAGUAGAAAGGGAUGGAGAGCGUUUCAUCGGAUCAGUCAGCCAGCGUGGAUGAGCUGGUGGAAGCCUGCAUCAAAGCCUUUGACAAUGAAGGCGUUCUGAAGGAGCCAUCUCUCGUGCGAAUGUUUCUUACCAUGCAUCCCUGGUACCUGUCAUCCAGUGACCUAGCUAAGAAACUCCUGCACAAGUCUCAGGAACAGGAUUGUUCUGCAAUUUGCCAGUCUCAGAUUUGUCACCUUGUCAAGUACUGGAUAUCUGAGUUCCCAGCUGAGUUUGACCUGAACCCCGCUCUGGCUGAGCAGAUCCGCGGUCUGAAAGAGCGACUGGAGCAGAAUGGAGAUGUGAGGCGAAGUCUGCUCAUCGACAUAGACAGCAUUCCAUCUUACGAAUGGCGACGUCAACUGGAUGAAACUGUCCAGAAAAAACGCAAGACCUCUCUUCUUUUUGACCACCUGGAUGCUUCCACCCUGGCUGAACACCUAACGUAUAUGGAGUACAAAUCAUUUUGCAAAAUUCUGUUCCAGGACUACCACAGUUUCGUGAUGCACGGCUGCACGGUGGAUAAUCCCAUUCUGGAGCGUUUCAUUACUCUGUUUAACAGUGUUUCCCAGUGGAUCCAGAUCAUGGUUCUCAGUAAGCCUACAGCUCAGCAGAGAGCCACUGUCAUCAGUGAAUUCAUCAAAGUGGCCCAGAGGCUGCUGCAGCUGCAGAACUUCAAUACACUGAUGGCUGUAGUGGGUGGGCUCAGCAAUAGCUCCAUUGCUAGACUCAAGGAUACGCAGGCACUCAUCGGCAGCGAGACACGCAAGGUCUUUGAUGGAUUGGUGGAGCUGGUCACCUCCUCUGGAAACUACAGCCGCUAUCGUCAGCGCUUCUCAGAAUGUUUGAUGAUGUUCCAAAAUUUCGACACUGAUAGCGAUGGCUACAUUUCCCAAGGAGAGUUUGAGAUCAUCAGGAGCAAUUUCCCUUACCUCGGCAAAUUUGAUGAACUGGACCAAAACCAGGACUGUAAAAUUAGCCGUGAGGAGAUGAUUGAGUACUUCACAAAGGCGAGCUCCUUACAGAACUGUAAGAUGGGUUUUGUUCACACGUUUACAGAGACGAGCAGCGUCAAGCCUUCAUUUUGUCGGCACUGCUCUCGUUUGAUAUGGGGAUUUUACAAACAGCGAUGCAAAUGCAAAGUGUGUGGGGUGAGCUGUCAUAAAGACUGUUGCAGUCGUUUGGCCAUCGAGUGCCGUAAGCGUGCACAGAGUGUCAGUUGUCACAGUGACGCUUCCUUUAAAGCCACACGCUCUUUCAGCUUUCCACCUCCCUCCAGCACAGAGCCGAUAGCAGAGUCCCCAGUCAUCACAGGCGGCUCUCUGGAGGAACAGGAUGAGGUUUUUGAUGUCCACCUUUGAUGGGGUUUGAAAAGAUGUAUAUUGCCAACACAUUCUCCUCGUGGUUGAGAGCUUUUUCAUUAAGUCCUUCUCAUGAACAGAAAUCCAUCACGUGGCAUUAGAUACGUUCCUGUCCUCUCUAUUUCCACAGGAACAUCCUGGAGCAAAUCCAUAAGCAAGCGCAGCAGCAGGGACAGAGCUGCACUGCGUGUGUAUGUUGUCCAAGGUGAUCCAUUCACUUGAACUCUCCUAUACUGUGAUCUCUCAUGGGUUUUUAGUCUGAAAAUAGUACAUGGAUUUCAAACAAAUAUGAAAAAAAGCACCAGUUAAGUUGCAACAAAUAUUUGAAGAGGUCGUAUACAUUUUUACUAUUUUAGUUCUUCCUUAAAAUACACUUAUGAUGUAGGUAAAUUUAGCUUUUCAUAACCAUUUUUCAUCCUCUUAGUAGAAGUAGAAUUAAAUGUUGUUUUGGAUUAAAUGGGUCUAGAAACAACCCAUUACAAUGUACAGUAUAA